AUGCCUGGUCUAUACUGCCCCUCCAGCUGGACGCCGCUGCCCCUCACUGACUCCUGGGUCCGGGCCUGUGCCAACGGGCCCUGCCUCAGCCUGCGGGCCCGGCUCACCUACCACAACCCACAAUCGCAGCCGGUGGACGGCGUCUUCGUGUACCCGCUGGCGGAGACCGAGGUGGUAUCGGGCUUCGAGGCCGAAGCGGCGGGUCGGCGAGUGUCCUUCCAGCUACGGAGCCGGCGCCGCUCUCAGGCGGCCUGCUGCCGCGCGCUGGGCCGGGGGUUGGGGGCCGCCACUCCUCGCCGCUGUGCGCAGGGUCAUCUUGUGUUGGAUCUGGCCCAGGCCCGGUCCACUCUGGUGCUGCCCACAGGCCUCAUCGCUGCGGCUGGCACCAUGACAGUGACCCUACGCAGCAGCCGGGAGCUGCCCUCAAGGCCUGACGGGGUGCUGCGUGUGGCCCUGCCCUCUGUGCUCACCCCGCUGGCCCCUCCAGGCUUGCCAGGGCCCCCCAGGUCUCCCGGGCUCUGUGACGACAGUCCCACCAGCUGCUUCGGGGUAGGUAGCCCUCAGGAGGACAGGCUGGCCUGGGAGCAGUCGGUUGCCCCUCAAGACGUGUUCUCUGGCCCAGCCCGCUGCCCUGCCCCAUACACCUUCUCCUUUGAGAUGCUGGUGACUGGGCCAUGCCUGCUGGCAGGCCUGGAGAGUCCCUCUCAUGCCCUGAGGGUGGAUGCCUCCCCUAACGCCAGCUCUGCCACCACUGUCUGUGUCACUCUGGCAGAAGGCCACUGCUGUGACCGGACCCUGGAGAUCCUGCUCCACCCCAGUGAACCCCACCAGCCUCACCUGAUGCUGGAGGCAGGCAGCCUGAGCUAUGCAGAGUAUGAAGCUCGCAUGAGGGCCCGUCGGGACUUCCAGCGGCUACAGCGAAGGGACAGUGAUGGGGACCGGCAGGUAUGGUUCCUGCAGCGACGCUUCCACAAGGACAUCCUGCUGAACCCAGUGCUGAUGCUGAGCUUCUGCCCAGACCUGAGCUCCAAGCCUGGACACAUGGGCACGGCAACGCGGGAGCUCCUCUUCUUGUUGGAUGGCAGCAGCGCCGCAUACAAGGAUGCCAUUGUUUUGGCGGUGAAGUCUCUUCCGCCUCAGACGCUCAUCAACUUGGCCACAUUUGGCAUGUCCGUGCAGCCUCUCUUCCCAGAGAGCCGACCUUGCAGUGAUGACACUGUGCAGCUGAUCUGUGAGAGCAUUGAGGGCCUGCAGGCUAUGGACAGAUCCCCAGACAUGCUGGCUGUGCUGGACUGGGCCAUGGGGCAGCCCCAACAGAGGGGCCACCCUCGGCAGCUGUUCCUGCUCACAGGGGCCUCUGCCUCAGCUGCCACUACCCAUCAAACCCUGGAGUUCAUACGCUGGCACAGGGGGACAGCCAGGUGCUUCUCCUUUGGGCUGGGCUCCACCUGCUACCAGCUGCUCCAGGGUUUGUCUACACUCAGCCGAGGCCAGGCCUACUUCCUGAGCCCUGGAGAGAGGCUGCAGCCCAUGCUGGUGCAGGCUUUGCGGAAGGCCCUGGAGCCUGCUUUGAGUGACAUCUCUGUGGACUGGUUUGUGCCUGAUGCUGUGGAGGCGCUACUGACACCCCGGGAAAUCCCAGCACUCUACCCUGGGGACCGACUGCUCGGUUACUGCUCACUUUUCAGGGUGGAUGGCUUCCGACCCCACCCGCCUGGGGGCCAAGAGCCCGGCUGGCAGAGCUUGGGUGGCUCCGUGUUCCCAUCCCCAGAGGAGAUGCCAUCUGCCACCAGCCCUGGCACUGAGCCCACUGGCACUACAGAACCACUGGGAACAGGCAAUGUGUCAGCAGAGCCGUCCAGCCCAUGGGCUGCUGGGGACUCCGAGCAGAGUACUGAUGCUCUGACAGACCCAGCCACAGACCCGGAACCCAACCCAUCCUCUGAUACAGCCAUAUGGCGCCGCAUCUUCCAGUCCUCAUACAUCCGGGAGCAGUAUGUGCUCACCCACUGCUCUGCCAGCCCUGAGCCAGGCCUGGGCUCCACUGGUAGCAGCGAGCCCCCCGGCUCCCAGGGGCCUAGCUCCCCAGAGGGAAGUGUUCCUCCAGAUCCCCCUUCUCAGCAGGGUUGCCGCAGCCUGGCCUGGGUAGAACCUGCAGGUACCCGUUCCUGCCCCCUACCUGCACCCCCAGCAGCUUCACUCAAGUCUGGAGCCUUGAGUGCUGAGGCACUAGGCCAUCAGCGCAGAGCAGUUCUGACAGGCCGAAGCCUCUCAUCUCCCCCAGGCCAGGCCAACCCAGCCCCUGGCCUGUCCUGGCACCCCUCUCUGGGUACAGCAUCAGAUGGGCCAGGCCCUGAGGCAGGGCAGCAGCUGGGACAGGGCCUGGAUGAUUCAGGAAACCUCCUCUCUCCAGCCCCUAUGGACUGGGACAUGUUGAUGGAACCACCUUUCUUGUUCACGGCUAUGCCUCCCAAUGGGGAGUUGGUCCCUCCAGUAGUGCCAGGGUCUCCCCAGACUCCACGCUGCCAUGUGGUGAUCCGGGGUCUAUGCAAUGAGCAGCCUAUGUGCUGGGAGGUAGAUGUGGGGCUGGAGGCAUUGUGGGGUUCUGGGGAUAGAUCACAGCCUUCUUCAUCCUCUGAAAGAGAAACUGCUUGGGACCAAGCACUCCACCGGAUGACAGCAGCCUCUGUGAUACAGGACAAUGAGCAACUGGCUUUCCGAGGAGGGAUUGAAAUUACAGCUGACCGCGGCUCUGCCAGGAGGUCGUGGCUCCGAGCCCUUCAGACAAGCAAAGUCAGCUCUGCCCUGUCCUGCUUUACCUGCCCUGUAGCUGUGGAUGCUACCACAAGGGAAGUCUUGCCUGGAGCCCUGCAGGUGUGCAGUUCAGAGCCAGCCCAGCUCCCAGUCACCCCUCCUGCUUCUCAGGGCUCUCGAGAUGCAGCUCCUCUGCCCAAAGUUGCCCACUCCAAAGGAUUUCAGGCAGUCUCUUGGACCGGUGCCUGGGAUCUAGACAAAAGUGCUGACUCCAAAUCCGAGGUGGGUGACCCUGCAACCCCCAUUGUUGGUCCUCACUGCCCGCGCCCCCAGCCUCCCUCUAGGCUCAACCUGGGCCGGCGGAAGGCCAAGGGUUUCAACAGUCUCAGACUCUGUAGCCCAGACAAGGGCCACGCAGGGGACGCCAACCCCGAAGGCAGCGACCAUGACUACCUGCCCCUGGUGCGGCUGCAGGAGGCUGUUGGCUCCUUCCGCCUGGACGGGCCCUUUUUUGCAGCAGUGCGCAUCCCAAAAGAGCGCCUGUGCCGCGCCUCCCCUUUCGCAGUGCACCGUGCUAGCCUCAGCCCCACCUCGGCCUUGUCUCCCUGGGCCCUUCUGGGUCCUGGCGUUGGUCAGGGCGACAGUGCCACAGCUUCCUGUAGCCCUUCCCCCAGCUCGGGUUCCGAGGGCCCAGGCCAAGUAGACAGCGGACGGGGCUCAGACACAGAGGCCUCAGAGGGGGCGGAAGGGCCGGGCCGCGCCGAUCUGCGAGAUCGGAGCUGGGCCACCGCUGUGGCCCUUGCAUGGCUGGAGCACCGCUGCGCGGCCGCCUUCAAUGAGUGGGAGCUGACUGCGGCCAAGGCGGAUUGCUGGCUUCGGGCCCAGCACCUGCCUGAUGGCCUCGACCUGCCAGCCCUCAAGGCGGCAGCCCGUGGGCUCUUCCUGCUGCUUCGCCACUGGGACCAGAACCUACGGCUGCACUUGCUUUGCUACAACCCGUCCAACGUAUGA